AUGGUUCAGACGUCGACAAUUGUCACGAUAUCCGUUGGUACGGUGAUAACGGGCGCUCUUGCAUAUGCUGUGUAUUUUGACUACAAACGAAGAAAUGACCCCGACUUUCGAAAGGCUCUAAAACGAGAAUCGCGCCGCCAGGCUAGGAUAGCCAAAGAAGAAGCUGAGAUCCAAGGGAAGCAACAAAGAGAAGAAAUCAAGUCGGCUGUUCAAGAAGCCAUCGACGAGGGAUUCCCCACCGAUAUUGAAGAGAAGGAGGCAUUCUUUAUGCAACAAAUAGCUCAGGGUGAAGCCCUAGCAGGUGACGGAUCGGACCCUAUCGCCGCCGCUCUGUGCUUCUACAAGGGUCUCAAGGUUUAUCCCGAGCCCUCUUCGCUGAUCGGUAUCUACGAUAACACUGUACCCAAAGAAAUCCUCGAGAUCCUCGCGGUAAUGGUUGCGCAAGACAAGAACUUAAAGGUUGGCUCAUUUGGUGCUGGACGAGAAGGGUCUCCCUCAGACGGACCUGGUGUCGAGUAG